AGUCCCUUAAAAAAUGGUCCUAAAAAAUCUAAUGUACAGUCUUCGACCUCGAAGCCGACCCAAGCUUCUAAGAGUCCCUUAAAAAAUGGUCCUAAAAAAUCUAAUGUACAGUCUUCGACCUCGAAGCCGACCCAAGCUUCUAAGAGUCCCUUAAAAAAUGGUCCUAAAAAAUCUAAUGUACAGUCUUCGACCUCGAAUCCGACCCAAGCUUCUAAGAGUUCCUCAAAAAAUGGUCCUAAAAAAUCUAACAUAACUUCAACCUCAAAACCGACUCCAGUUUAUAAGAGUUCCUCAAACAAUACUGCUAAAAAAACUAAUGUACAGUCUUCGACCUCGAAGCCGACUAAAGUCACAGACAGUGUUGAUGCUAAAGUGUCUGAUAAACCUCCAAAACAGACUCAUUCUAAGAGUUCCUUAACUAAAACUUCUACUGAAACAUCUACACCAUUUUUAUAUAAAGCAACUACGAAGAAGACAUUAACUGAAGGAAGCUUGACUAAAACCUUCAGUGAUUAUCGAAAACAUCUUCCAUUAAAUACUAAAGCAACUACGAAGGGAACACAAUCAACGACAUUAAUGCCAACAGCUUUUACUAAAACAUCUACACCAUUUUUAUAUAAAACAUCUACACCAUUUUUAUAUAAAACCACAAAGCCGACAUCAACUAACGCAGCUAAUUUGCCAACUGCGAUAACUUUAACAUCAUCAGGGACGAUAUGUUUAACUACAACUAACUUAAUAUCAAAGAAUAUUCACAUUACAAGCUCAACAUCCCUUAGUUUUUCAACGGAUCAUCCCUACAAACCAUCGCUUACGAGUACAUUCGUUACGCGUACUAAACCACAUAAACCGCCUCAUUCUAAAACUCCAAAAAAUGACAACCCACCUCCACCUCCACCUAGAGUUUCUAAAAAUAAAGAUAAGCCUUAUAUCCCUGCCAUAACUGGCACGAUUCCCUUAGCAACACCAACAGCAACAGUUUCAUUGGAAGACUUACCCUCAGCAAUCUUUGUUCAAGAGAUAACGAAUGCCAUUUCCAAACAAAACAAUGUUAAAAUAUCACCAGAUAAAGUAAUUGUAACUAAAUUAUUACGUUCACAGGAUGAUGAUAGUGGGUUUGUGUACAUGAAAGUUCCAAAAACACAAACUGAUAAUAUUGAAAAUGUUUUGACAAAUAAAAACAGCCAAUUUUAUAAGAAUGAUAAGUCAUUAUUUAGAAAUUUAGGUGUUAAUUUGUAUUAUGAACAUUUUUACAAUCCAUCUCUUUCUUUAGAUAAUUCGGUGGCAGACUCCCAAGAUGAGAAUGUCAAUAAUUCAUCCAACAAUUCAUCUAAUGGCAUUGGUGCAAUUAUUGUAAUAGCAGUUUGUGGAUCUACAUUAUUAUAUGCUGGAUUAACUGCGCUUGUGGUUCGAGCCUAUAGGAGAAGUAAAAAUAGGGCGUCUGCAGCUAGGCAGAAUACAUAUAACACGUAUACAUAUUCUGUACAAGCUUAA